CGAAUCCCUCGUUUUAGUGCCAUUUCUAAAGCCGCGAUUGAUUUAGAAAUGACACUCACAAUCGCUCCAGCAAGACCAACCGUCGCAUUUACAAUGUCGACGCCCUUCGUAUCGAGCCUGCGCACCUCUCUGGGUGCCACUGGUAGCAAUGCAAUGGUGUCUGCUGCUCCAGAAUCCGCUGCCGGCAAGUCGGCCAUGAUGUCGAUGUUUUCGGACCUGGAUUUGGCACUUGACGCCAGUGGAGCUGUCGUUUCCAAUGCCAAUGGCGGUCGCUCCGCCGCCAAGGACCUACUGGCCUCCAAGAAUGCCGAGAAGCAGGCAGAAGCUGAACUUGAGGCCUCACAAGCGCUCAAGAAGCAGCAGCAGAAGCAAAUGCAGAAGCAAAUGCAGAAGCAGGAGAAACCAGUCACAGCACUGGGCCAGGCCAUGGCGCUCUUCGACAAAGAAAUGGACGAACGCGACUCGUUCAUGUCCCGCAACACUAAGCGACGACAAAAAGGCAGCAAGAAGACGCGAGGAGGAACACCCACACCAUCACGCGGCCGUCGCCAACGCCAAGACAAGUACAAACGCGUCUAGAAUUCUAUUUUGCCAUAGCAUGCUUAUACAGAUUUUGACUUGCUCUCAGAAAUCUUAUUUCUGAACAUCCCAUUUUGUCAACACACUAAUUACUACCAAACCGCU